AUGUCGGUCAAGUUCGACAAGGAGACGAUUCACACAACGGCCGCAUUUGCCGACGCGGCCGGCAAUGGAAAGGACGACCUGAUGCACGAGAUUGGGCAGGCCAUCACCAAAGGCGGCGGUCCCAAUGGAUACCUCGCAGCAUACCUCAAGCAGUUGCAGAGCAACCCGCUGCGCACCAAGAUGCUAACCUCGGGCACUCUUUCUGGUCUGCAAGAGUUUUUGGCCUCGUGGAUUGCGCACGAUAGGAGCAAGUCUGGCCACUACUUCACCUCGCGCGUCCCCAAGAUGGCCAUCUACGGCGCCCUCAUCAGCGCGCCUCUUGGACACGUCUUGAUCAGCGCUCUGCAAAAGCUCUUCCAAGGGCGCAAGAGCCUCAAGGCCAAGGUUUUGCAGAUUCUCGCUAGCAACUUGAUCAUCGCGCCCAUCCAGAACAGUGUCUACCUCAUCUCCAUGGCCCUUAUCGCGGGCGCCCGUACUUUCCACCAAGUCAAGGCCACUGUCAAGGCCGGCUUCUGGCCCGUCAUGAAGGUCAGCUGGGUCGUCUCACCCAUCUCCCUGGCCUUCGCCCAGCAAUUCCUGCCCGAGACGACUUGGGUUCCCUUCUUCAACAUUGUCGGUUUCAUUAUUGGUACUUACAUCAAUGCGCACACCAAGAAGAAGAGGUUAGCUGCUCUCAGGCGAAAGCACUACGGCGACGGUGGUGGCAGUGGAAGGAGUCAGGCCCCGGGCAGCCGUCCAGCCAGCCGCCCCAACAGUCGCCCAGGCUCAGUAAGCGGAAGGCCUCCUGUCGACGAAUACGGCCGUCCCGACGACCGUCCCCGCUACUAA